AUGGGUAGUAUGUGAGGAUCUUAUAUGAGUCUAACGUUUUUAAAACGAUAGCAGACCACUACUUGAUUUGUGAAUGUGUAUGAAGUAUUGAAUGAACGAAGAUAGAGAUGAGAUGAUGAGGGACAAGAAAAUGGGUGAAGACAGGAGAUAGCAGGAAGCGAAAAGUGAAUAAUGGUGGAAAGUGAUACAGCGUAAUUAUGAAGGAGAGUAAUGGGGACAAUAGGAAUUACGGGUAAAUAGAAGGAAUAUGAACAGGAAAUAGAUGGGACAUAAAUCGUCAUUAGUACCGUACACAUUCAUACAGCGAGAGUGGAUAAAACACACAAAAUAACAAUACUAACACCUUUAAUAGAAGGUACUCCAUCUUUAGGUAAACGUCACAACAAGUCCCACACUUUAUGUAACAGAUGUGGUAAGCGUUCAUUCCACGUCCAAAAGAAGACCUGUUCUUCUUGUGGAUACCCAGCUGCUAAAUUGAGAUCUCACAACUGGGCCACAAAGGCUAAGAGAAGAAGAACUACCGGUACUGGUCGUAUGGCUUACUUAAAGCACGUUUCUAGAAGAUUCAAGAACGGCUUCCAAACCGGUGUCGCUAAACCUCAAUCCGCUUAA